GUAACUUCCCUUGUAGCGUGUUGUGUGGUUUUGCUGGUGAUCAUGGUGCUGGGGCCGUACCUGCAUGCACUCCCACUGUGCGUGCUCUCCUCCAUCAUCAUAGUCAACCUGCGAGGGAUGUUCAUGAAGCUGUUCCAGCUCAGGGAUCUGUGGGGGAAAUCCCACUAUGACUGUAUUGUGUGGGUGUUCACCUUCUGUGCCUCCGUGAUCCUGGAUGCCGACAAAGGCCUGAUGAUUGGAUUCCUCGUGUGCACAUUGAUGGUGGUGGUCAGAACCCAGAGGUCAACCACUACAGCUGUUGGUACCGUCAGUUCCAGUGAGGAAUACCGUUCUCUCGGGCAGUACAGAGAUGUCAAGGAGAUGUCCGGGGUCAGAGUGAUCCGCAUGGACUCGCCUCUGUAUUUUGCCAAUGCAGACAUUUUCAAGAAGAAAGUGUACAAGUUGUCGGGAGUGAAUCCCUUAAAAAGGCGGAAGAAGACGAAGGAGAUUGUGGUUGAUAAGGAGGAGGAGGAGACAAACCAUGUAGGCAACAACUACCGGGAGGGUCACCUAGUUUACAAUCCUGAAAAAAAUCCCUGGGUUGAAUAA